CGCCCUCUUCUGUUGCCUUCGGACUGAAAAAAUCUGCCCCAUCUGCCGGAAGCCAGCUGCGAAUGACUAAAGCCUGUUCCUGUUCCAGCAGUUGUGUCCUUGCGAUACUAGUUCCUCAAAAUGGCCGCGACCAGUCAAGGGAACUUUGAUGGAAAAUUUGAGGCACUGGAUCUUGUAGAAUUAACUAAAAAGCAACCAUGGUGGCGUAAGCUGUUUGGGCAGGAAUCUGGGCCAUCAGCUGAAAAGUAUAGUGUAGCAACCCAGCUGUUAAUAGGAGGUGUUACUGGAUGGUGUACUGGUUUCGUAUUCCAGAAGGUUGGAAAAUUGGCUGCAACAGCUGUAGGAGGUGGAUUCUUUCUCCUUAAGCUGGCAAACCAUACUGGGUACAUCAAAGUUGAUUGGCAAAGAGUAGAAAAAGACAUGAAAAAAGCCAAAGAACAGUUGAAGAUUCGUAAGAAUAACCAGAUACCAACUGACGUCAAAAGUAAAGCUGAGGAGGUUGUGUCAUUUGUAAAGAAGAAUGUUCUAGUGACUGGGGGAUUUUUUGGAGGCUUUCUGCUCGGCAUGGCAUCCUAAGAAGUUCACUUCAUUGUUCUGUUUUCGUUGUUUGUUUGUUGCCAGCAGCUUCUAGACUCCAACAUAGGACAGUUGACACUACUUUUCCUCCUCUUCUCUUGUGCCAUUCUCCCUGUUGUGGCAAAUAUGAAUGGCUUCCAUAGGCUUUUCCUUGUACAAGGUUAAUACGGGCCUUCUCAUGAGCGUGACAGGUUGGAAGAGACAGUAGAUGUUAACUUUUCCAGUACUCUCCUGACUUGGUUGAUGUAUAGCUUAAAAAGAAUGUUCCUUUUCCACUUUGUAAGAUCCUUUUCCAAACUUGAUUUGGAAAAGCAGCAUGUAGUUAUGUUAGUAUAUGUUACAUGAAAAGGAACCAAAUACAUUUGCCUUUAAGCAUGUACGAUUUUGGUAUCUUGGUAUAUGCAUUCUCUUUGAGUUGGUUUUAGGCUAUAGAAAGGGAGGUAUUUAUACUUGCUAUAAUUAUCCUGCCAAAAUGGCAGUGUAAGUAAGUACUAUAACUAAAAAGAUUGAAUAUAAAAUGAACUUCUAUUAAAGAUGUAUGAAAUAAUGUAUGUAUUGUAUUUGGUAGGUGGGUCUUUAUGGAAAACAACUACAAGAAAUUCAUUAUUGAAUGGUUGGAUGAGUCAUUUAUAGGUAUUAAGAUCCAGACCAGGAAUGUUUUCUACCAUACCACAUACUGUAUCUCAUGGCUGUUUUCAAAUUAUUUAGGUGAGAGAAGUAAAAAAAAAAAAAAAAAUUAUAUAUUUAUUUCAUAGAAAGGGUUCUGUGCUUUCAAAUUUGAACUGUUUCCCACAUUUGUUAAAAUAUUAUGGGUUGCAGUAUUCUUUUAUGGAAAUUCUGUUUAUUUAUCCAAUUUGUAUGAAAUAAAACAUAUAAGCAAGAAUUUUAAAGAGAUGUUCUAGACAUUCAGAAUUGAGAAGAGCACAUGUGAAAUAAAGUAUUUCCAUCAAAUGCAAUCUCCAUCAGAAUUAUUCUUUAAAAUAAAAAUCUGUGCACUUCACAUUUUGGCAUAAUGGCUGUUACAAUGAUCUCAACUCCAACUAAAAAUUCAUCUUCCAGAAGCCAAGUCUUCUGUCAUCUUCCUUGUCCCCACAGGGCCUACCACUUAAUAGAUUUCAAAUAUUUAUUAAGUAUAUUUACUUGUAUAAAGAUAACUCCCUGUUAAAGGUUAGGCUUGCCCCAAUUGAAUUCUUAGCUAUAUAGAUGAUCCCAUGUAUAACAGUGUAUUUUUUAAGUCAUACAUUCAAGAUAACUAAUUUUUUGACAUACCUUAAGAAUAGCAUACUGAAGCCAGGUGUGGUGGGGCAUGCCUUUAAUCCCAGUACUUAGAGAGGCAGAGGAAGGCAGAUCUCUAUGAGUUUAAGGCCAGCCUGGCCUACAAAGUGAGUCCAGGACAGCCAAAGCUAUAUAGGAACCCUGUCUCAAAACCCAGGGCAAAAAAAAGAAUGACAUAUUGAAUUUGAAAAUUGAAACUACCAGUUAAAACUUAGGAUUCACCUAUUUGUAUUUUCUCAUUACAUUUUUAUAUUAUUUGGGCCAACAUAAGUUAUUCUACUUGUAAUAUGUAUUAGUCAUUCUUCCAUACAUGACAGUAUAACCUGCUUUGGUACAUAUUUUUCUAAGAGUUUGAAAAUGAUUUUUCACUAUUUAUCUUGGAAGCAUAAGAGAGUGACUUCCCCAUGUAUCAUUGCUUGCCUAUAGCAAACAUAAAAUGAUAUUUGUUUUAUCAGUUAUUAUAAAGUACUUGCCAUUUGUUUACAGUAUGUAUUUAAUACUAAAAUCUAAGUAUACCUUUUAAAAAUCAGUAUAAUACCUUACUGUUACAGAAUAAAUAACAAUUAUUUAAUAUGAA